CACUUUUCGAGCUGCGAAGUUUUACAGAGAUUAGCACCGCCCAUUUUCAGCUGGUGAGAAAAAUCAGAACAACUUAUAUUCAAUAAGAAAUGGCUACAGACGCCAGCGAAGUUCGAAAACAGCACCGCUUUGAUGAGGAACGUCUUCAUGAAUACCUGAAGGAGAAUGUCGCGGACUUUCCUCAAGGAUCAUCAAAGAUUGAAGUCCUUCAAUAUAGGUCAGGUCAGUCCAACCCAACCUUUUAUCUGAAGAAAGAUGGGAGAGAAUUGGUGAUGAGGAAGAAACCCCCCGGACAGCUUCUGAGGGGAGCUCAUCAGGUUGGACGAGAAUUUCGAAUUCAAAAGGCGUUAUUCAGUGCUGGUUUCCCAGUCCCAAAGCCGAUUGCUCACUGUGAAGAUGUCUCCGUUAUUGGCACAGAAUUUUAUAUCAUGGAACAUGUUAGGGGUCGUAUCUUCCGUGAUAUUGCCUUGCCUGAGCUGACGCCUGGAGAGAGGAAGGAUAUCUACUUUGCUAUGAUCAACACCUUAGCUCAUCUGCAUAGUCUUGAUUUCAAGACGCUUGGUGUCCAAGGCUUUGGGAAAGAGGGUGGAUUCUGUAGGAGACAGAUCAACACAUGGACAAAGCAGUUCCAAGGGGCAAUGAAGAUAGCCUCUUUGCCAGAAGUCCCAUCUGCUACACAACUCUUCCAGUGGCUGCCCAACAAUAUCCCAAGGAAUACAGAGAGCACUACCAUCGUGCAUGGAGAUUUCAGACUGGAGAAUAUGAUCUUUCAUCCUACAAAGCCUGUGGUAAUUGCAGUACUUGAUUGGGAGCUUUCAACCUUGGGCGAUCCUCUGACUGAUCUGGCUUAUAAUUGUGCUGCCUACUACUGGCCUGAAAACAUGGACAACGCGAUGGGCAACCCUUUAGCUGGAGGAAGCAAUGCUCCUGUGAGUUCUGUACCAGGAAUACCAAGCAAAGAAGAUUACAUGAAGGUCUAUUGCACCCGUAUAGGUGUACCUUACCCUAUCCAGGACUGGCAGUUCUAUUUGGCUUUGGCUUACUUCAGGGCAGCAUCUAUUUGUGAAGGAGUAUAUGCUAGAUCCAAGCUCGGAAACGCCAGUUCCGAGUCAGCCGAAACAUUAGGUUAUGUUGCAAGACUUUUAAGUGAUGCCAGUCUUCAGAUCGCCAAAGGAUCCACAUCAAAUGCCAAGAGACCAUUGACAAGUUCUUUAAUUGGAGACAUCUAUCCAGCUCUUGCCAUGCAGCCAUUGUCUGAUAGGGGGAGGGACCUACUGCAAAAGGUCACCGACUUCGUCAAGAAGGAGAUCAUCCCUGCAGAACCGAUAUUCGAACAUCAUAUAAAAACAGCAAAGGACCCAUGGACGAUUCCACCUAUAAUGGAAGAACUUAAGGCCAAGGCUAAAUCAGCAGGGUUGUGGAACCUGUUUCUACCAUCCGAAUCCGGUUUGACCCAGUUGGAGUAUGCGUACAUGGCAGAACAGAUGGGAAGAUCUCCCAUAGGACCAGAACCAUUCAACUGUGCUGCCCCAGAUACCGGUAACAUGGAGGUCCUACACCUGUAUGGCACUCCUGAGCAGAAGGAGAGAUGGUUACGUCCUUUACUAGAGGGUCGUAUCAGAUCAUGCUACUGUAUGACUGAACCUGAUGUGGCCUCCAGCGAUGCUACUAACAUGGAAUGCACCUUCACCAGAGAAGGAGAUGAGUAUGUCGUCAAUGGAAAGAAGUGGUGGAGCAGUGGUGCUGGUGACCCAAGGUUAGGUGUUGCCAUAGUGAUGGGUCGAACUGGAAAUAAAGAUUCUGCUACGCAUAAGCAACAUAGUAUGAUCAUCGUUCCAACUGAUGCACCAGGGUUUAUCAAAGUGAGGCCUCUAUCGGUAUUUGGGAACGUAGAUGCACCCCAUGGACAUUUUGAAGUGAGAUUUGACAAUGUUAGAGUGCCUGCCUCCAACAUCAUUUUAGGUGAAGGAAGAGGAUUUGAGAUUGCUCAGGGUAGAUUAGGACCAGGGAGAAUACACCAUUGCAUGAGAUUACUAGGUAUGGCUGAGAGGUCGCUAGAGCUCAUGUGCAAGAGAGCAGAGGAGAGGGUAGCGUUUGGAAGGAAACUCAACAGAAUGCAAGUGGUUCAGCACCAGAUUGCAGAAAGUCGUAUUGAGAUAGACAUGGCUAGACUGCUGGUCUUGAAGGCAGCUAAUAUGCAUGACAAAUAUGGAUCCAAGAAAGCAAGAAAAGAGAUUGCCAUGAUCAAGAUCGUUGUACCUCGAAUGGCAUGCCAGGUUAUAGACAGGGCCAUCCAGGUUCACGGCGGUGGCGGUGUUUGCGAUGAUUUCCCUCUAGCAAGGUAUUAUACCGGGGCUCGGUCUCUGCGUAUUGCCGAUGGUCCUGAUGAGGUUCACCUCUCCUCAGUGGCCAAGAUGGAGCUCAAGGAACAAUUCCAGAAGUCAAUGCUUUGAACAGAAGCAGUAUCUGCUGAGAUGAAUGAGAGCUGUUGCGUUCCAGGGCCCCAUUCCAUAUAAGUUACAAUUAUGAUAACUUUGCCAUCCAAUGGUAACUUUCAUGGAAUCCUCGAUUUUGAUUGGCUGUUGAUCACUGUUUCCAUUGGAUGGCAAAGUUACCAUUAUGAUAACUUUGCCAUCCAAUGGUAACUUUCAUGGAAUCCUCGAUUUUGAUUGGCUGUUGCUCACUGUUUCCAUUGGAUGGCAAAGUUACCAUAAUGGUAACUUUGCCAUCCAAUGGUUACUUUUAUGGAAUCCUUGAUUUUGAUUGGCUUAUCAUCAUCAUUUCCAUUGGAUGGCAAAGUUACUGUUAGGGUAACUUUGCCAUCCAAUGGUGACUUUCAUGGAAUCCUUGAUUUUGAUUGGCUGUUGAUCAUCAUUUCCAUUGGAUGGCAAAGUUACCAUUAUGGUAACUUUGCCAUCCAAUGGUAACUUUCAUGGAAUCCUUGAUUUUGAUUGACUGUUGAUCAUCGCUUCCAUUGGAUAGCAAAUUUACCAUUAUGGUAACUUUGCCAUCCAAUGGUAACUUUCACGGAAUCCUUGAUUUUGAUUGGCUUAUGAUCAUCAUUUUCAUUGGAUGGCAAAGUUACCGUUAUGGUAACUUUGCCAUCCAAUGGUAACUUUCACGGAAUCCUUGAUUUUGAUUGGCUUAUGAUCAUCAUUUUCAUUGGAUGGCAAAGUUACCGUUAUGGUAACUUUGCCAUCCAAUGGUAACUUUCAUGGAAUCCUUGAUUUUGAUUGGCUGUUGAUCAUCGUUAACAAUGGAUGGCAAAGUUACCAUUAUGGUAAUAUUCAUGAAAUCCUUGAUUUUGAUUGACUGUUGAUCAUCGUUUUGGAUGGCAAAGUUACCAUUAUGGUAACUUUGCCAUCCAAUGGUAACUUUCACGGAAUCCUUGAUUUUAAUUGGCUGUUGAUCAGCGUUACCAUUGGAUGGAAAAGUUACCAUAAUGGUAACUUUUAUGCAACGGGGCCCAGAGCAGGAUUUUGAUUAAAGUAUUAUUAUCCAUAUCUGCACUUGAUUUAUAAUGUACUAUAUUAAUCUGGGUGAUUCAUGGCUGUAAACUGCUUCUGGAAAAAUAAGAUUGACUGGACAGGAUCAUGAUAAAGCAUGUGCUGAUAAAUCAUUAAAUAUAAAUAGUAAAUUAGGAAUCCCAUACAUGUACUUGCAUUUUGAAUAUCCAAGAUCUUGGGAGAAAACCCAAUAUUUUACAAAAUUUGACUCGCUUUGUUAAAAAAGAAGUUUUGCACCCGAUGAAAAAUUAGAAAUCUUGCCAAGAUAUGAAUUAACUGCUCAACGCUACUGUGUUAAAAUUCAAUAAGUAACAAAAUAUUUUUUUAUGUUGUGAAUUCAAUUCCAUGCAUAUUAUUAUUAAUGAACCACAAUUAUAUGUAGGCCUAUAUAGUUCAACAUUGAGUACUUUAAUGAUAAAUUCAAGAAAAUGAUUUAAAUACAUCUACGUCAGUCAGUUCAUUCACCCCCCCCCCCCAUGUACUUGUAUAAUUCAUUUUUAUAUACAUUCCCUUGUGACAUAAUUUGCUCACCGUUCCAUACAUGUGUGUCAUCUAGAACAACUCUGAGUAAACACACAUGAUAAUGUGACAUUCGCAGCCAUAAAGCGCUUAGAGAACUUUUUAUGAUAAGAGCCAUAUUAAUAUUGGAAAUUAUUAAACAAAAUUUUAAAGAAUGCUUUCAUCUUACAAUAUAUCAACUGUAGUUCAGGGCCUGAACUCAUUUAACUCAAACCAAAUUCGUUCUUGUUGUAAUUAUUGUUCUAUACCCUUAUACAAUAUAUUUCUUAAUAAUCUCUUAUUCUUGUGUGUUGGCUUUUGUAUCAUCUUUAAGCACCAUAAAAGCUAAAAGGGGAAACAUGUGGGCUACAAAAAAACAACUCUGAUUUCAACUAUUAUCAAAUCAUCGCUUUUAGGAGAAUCUAGAACGUUGCUCCAAUUCUGAUUUUGUAUUACACGAUUCGUAUGUUUUAUAUUUUGAUUGUUGAAUCAAGAGACUGAUAUAAUUUGUAUUCUUCUUUAUGUUUGGUUCAUGAAACUUCUGGCCCAAAAAUGUGGAUGCAAUAUGCAGCUUGUAUUUUGUGUUGUUGGGAAUGGCUUUGAGGCUAUGGGCCAAAAUAUGGGUGAGACACAAUUUUCAUGCACUGAAGCAUUUAUUUCUUACACUGAUCCCAAAGCACCCAUGUUUAUGCCAAAUUUAAUCUAUAUAUAAUGUUAGUGGUGCAAAAAUUAAAAGAAAAGAUGAAAAAGCAAGAUUUCAUGCUUAACAAAGCUGCCUUAAAGGAUUUUAAUAGCUUGAACAAGAAUCAGGGACUAUAUCAUACGACUGUAAAAAUGAUUGCAAAGCAAUAUAUUAUGUGUAUAUUUUAGUAUUUCAUAUGAUAAAAUGUAUAAAUCCAUAAAAACUGAGCUGUUAAUCAAGAAAAUAUAAAUGAUUCUAUAUUUUUAUCGAA